AUGUGUGAGUCCAGUGACGAGUCUUGUCUUUGCAGUGCCUACAUAGACAAAGCAAGCGACACAGCUGAGCAGGUGGUUCUGAUAGACAGCCAACUGAACUCUCCUGAAGGACUGGCAAUAGACUGGGUUCAUAAGAAUAUCUAUUGGACGGAUUCUGGAAACAAGACCAUCUCAGUGGCCACUGCAGAUGGAAGCAGGAGGAGGACACUUUUCAACAGCGACCUCAGUGAGCCAAGAGCCAUUGCUGUUGAUCCCACACGGAGGUUCAUGUAUUGGUCUGACUGGGGAGAUAAAGCUAAGAUCGAGAAAGCUGGCCUGAAUGGCGUGGGGCGGCAAGUGCUGGUGACUGACAACAUUGAGUGGCCAAAUGGCAUCACACUUGAUUUGCUGAAUCAGCGUCUCUACUGGGUAGACUCCAAGUUGCAUUCACUGUCCUGCAUUGAUUUCAAUGGCAGCAACAGAAAAGUUCUAAUCUCUUCUGUUGACGAUCUGAGCCAUCCUUUCGGCUUAGCAGUGUUUGAGGACAGAGUGUUCUGGACUGACCUGGAGAAUGAAGCAAUCUUCAGCGCAAACAGGCUGAAUGGCUUGGACAUCUCCGUUUUGGCAGAAAAUCUCAAUAAUCCUCAUGACAUCGUGGUAUUUCAUGAAUUAAAGCAGCCCAAAGCUCCAGACUCCUGUGAGCUCAGCCCCCAACCAAAUGGAGGCUGCGAGUAUUUGUGUCUUCCUGCACCUCAGAUUUCCCCCCAUUCUCCCAAGUAUACAUGUGCCUGUCCUGACAACAUGUGGCUGGGUCCUGACAUGAAAAAAUGCUACAAAGAUCUUCCAACUACUUCAACUACUGUUCUGGCAUCUACAACUGCAGCAUCCCGUACUGCCGGUACCACAACCAUCACAAGUGUAAUCGGCAGUGCCAAUAACACUGCUGAAGUCAUCCUCAAAGCUGUAUCAGAAGCUACUAUCACCACCCCAAGUCUUCAUUUGCCUUCAACCACAUCCAUCCUUAUAGAUUCUGAGAUAACCACUGGAAACAGCAAUCUAUCACAGCACU